GCACGUGGGAUCUUCCCAGACCGGGGCACGAACCUGUGUCCCCUGCAUCAGCAGGCGGACUCUCAACCACUGCGCCACCAGGGGAGCCCAGCUCUCUUGAUUUUUAAGUCCUGUAAAUGAAUCCAAAUUUUAAAAAGUGGGAGGCCAAACAAAACACCUCUGCAGGCCAAAUUUGGCCUUGGCCUACCAGUUUGCCAGGGAUUCUGCCAACCAACCAUCCUUCCCCUCUUACCGAACAAUUGAGGGUCCACUGUUUUAGGCACUGGGAAAUAGAGCAGUGAGCCAGCCAGACAACUGUCUUGCAGAAUGGCCUGGGGGCAGGGGUGGGGGAGGGUGGUGUCUGGUACUGUGCCCUUCAAACUUCAGUAUGUGUGGGAAUCACUGGGUAGAUUCUGAAUUGGGAGGUCUGCGUUGAGGCCUGAAUCUUGGCCUUUCUAACAACAAGCUCCCAGGUGAUGGUGAUGCUAGUCUUCCCUGCUGUUAUUUGAAGGAGGGGAGUAGGGUAUUUGUCUUGAAGGUGCAUUUGCCUGGCAAGCAUCCUCUUUUUACUUAGAUUUUAGUUUAUUGGGGUGACUUGGAAGAGAGUUGAUGACCUCGGAGGUGGGUACUCGGGCUCUGCCAGCUAUCUCUUGGCGCUGCCAGGUCUCUGUUCUCAGAGUUUAUAAUCUAGAAGGUGGCGUGAGGGGUGGAGGAAGGUGCUAGGAAAAGCUUCCUGUAGGAGGUGCUUGUGAACUGCAGGAGCUCCCCGGCCGCCAAGAAAGGGAAAAACCUUUAACUCCCCCCCUCCUGGGGCUGGGUCUCGGCGUCCCCGCACCGGGUUUGGUUUCCCAGGCAUCCCACGUGUCUUCGGUCCGCGAGUCCCUGUCAAUCAAGCUUCUCCCCCAGGGGCUGGGUACGGGUUUAAAGGCGGCUGCGGUGCAGAGAGCUCCCAGAAUGCCGCGCGGCGGGCGGGUUUGGAUUUUAAAUCCCCGCGGCCAAUCAGUAGCGCGUAGGCUUUUGUAACGUUCCCGGCGCCGCGUUUGAAUUCGAGGAGGAGCAGAGCCCUGCCAAGCCUCUGCCCAGACCUUGCUAGGUCCGCUGAGCAAUUCCGGGAACAUGAGUGCGGCGGCAACUGCAGGGAAGCUGGCGCGGGCACCAGCCGAUCCAGGGAAAGUCGGGGUCCCUGGAGUUGCAGCUCCCGGAGCCCCGGCGGCUGCCCCGCCGGCGAAAGAGAUCCCGGAGGUCCUAGUAGACCCACGCAGCCGGCGGCGCUAUCUGCGGGGCCGCUUUCUGGGAAAGGGUGGCUUUGCCAAGUGCUUCGAGAUCUCGGACGCGGACACUAAGGAGGUGUUUGCGGGCAAGAUCGUGCCUAAGUCGCUGUUGCUCAAACCGCACCAGAAGGAGAAGAUGUCCAUGGAGAUAUCCAUUCACCGUAGCCUCGCUCACCAGCACGUCGUCGGCUUCCACGGCUUUUUCGAGGACAACGACUUUGUGUUCGUGGUGUUGGAGCUCUGCCGCCGGAGGUCUCUCCUGGAGCUGCACAAGCGGAGGAAAGCACUCACCGAGCCCGAGGCCCGCUACUAUCUGCGUCAGAUCGUCCUUGGCUGCCAGUACCUGCAUCGAAACCGCGUUAUUCACAGAGAUCUCAAGUUGGGCAACCUCUUCCUGAACGAGGAUCUGGAGGUGAAAAUAGGGGAUUUUGGACUGGCAACCAAAGUCGAGUAUGACGGGGAACGGAAGAAGACCCUGUGCGGGACUCCUAAUUACAUAGCUCCUGAGGUGCUGAGCAAGAAAGGGCACAGUUUCGAGGUGGACGUGUGGUCCAUUGGGUGUAUCAUGUAUACCUUGUUAGUGGGCAAACCACCUUUCGAGACCUCCUGCCUAAAAGAGACCUACCUCCGGAUCAAGAAGAAUGAGUACAGUAUUCCCAAGCACAUCAACCCCGUGGCCGCCUCCCUCAUCCAGAAGAUGCUUCAGACAGAUCCCACUGCCCGUCCAACCAUUCAGGAGCUGCUCGAUGACGAGUUUUUCACUUCUGGCUAUAUCCCUGCCCGCCUCCCCAUCACCUGCCUCACCAUUCCGCCCAGGUUUUCAAUUGCUCCCAGUAACCUGGACCCCAACAGCCGGAAGCCUCUCACUGUUCUCAAUAAAGGCAUGGAGAACCCCAUGCCCGAGCGUCCCCGGGAAAAAGAGGAGCCAGUGGUGCGGGAGGCCAGCGAGGCGGUCGACUGCCACCUUGGCGACAUGCUGCAGCAGCUUCACAGCGUCAACGCCUCCAAGCCCUCAGAGCGGGGGCUGGUGAGGCAAGAGGAGGCUGAGGAUCCCGCCUGCAUCCCCAUCUUCUGGGUCAGCAAGUGGGUGGACUAUUCGGACAAGUAUGGCCUUGGGUACCAGCUGUGUGACAACAGCGUGGGAGUGCUCUUCAACGACUCAACACGCCUCAUCCUCUACAACGACGGUGACAGCCUGCAGUACAUCGAACGUGAUGGCACGGAGUCCUACCUCACCGUGAGUUCCCAUCCCAACUCCCUGAUAAAGAAGAUCACCCUCCUCAAGUAUUUCCGAAACUACAUGAGCGAACACUUGCUGAAGGCGGGUGCCAACAUCACGCCCCGGGAAGGUGACGAGCUAGCCCGGCUACCCUACCUGCGUACCUGGUUUCGCACCCGCAGCGCCAUCAUUCUGCACCUCAGUAACGGCUGCGUGCAGAUCAACUUCUUCCAGGACCACACCAAACUCAUCCUGUGCCCGCUGAUGGCUGCCGUGACCUACAUCGACGAGAAGCGGGACUUCCGCACGUACCGCCUGAGCCUCCUGGAGGAGUACGGCUGCUCCAAGGAGCUGGCCAGCCGGCUGCGCUACGCUCGCACCAUGGUGGACAAGCUGCUGAGUUCACGCUCGGCCACCAACCGCCUCAAGGCCUCCUCAUAGCCCCCCCACCCCCCUGGACUGGCACCCUCCUCCCCCCCACCAGCACCUCGGCCCACGCUGGUUAGAUCCCUAUUUUAUGGGGUGUCCCCCAGCCCUGGGGGCUGGGGUGGAAGCUCCAUCAUCCCUGCAGGUGGGGCUGCUGUGUAAGUUAUUUUUGUACAUGUCCCGGUGUGGGUUCUGAGGCCGCUUCCCCUUCCCUCUCAACCCCACCAUAUGAAUUGUACAGAAUAUUGCUAUUGAAUUCGGGACUGUCUUUUCCUUGCCUUUAUAUUACAUUAAACAUAUAUGAAUCUUC